AUUAUAAAGAUGGAGUUUAUUAAAGAGGAGAGUGAAGAUAUUAGGAUUGAAGAAGUAUUCAGUUUUAAACAUGAAGAUACUGAGGAACAAACAAAGAUGGAGUUUAUUAAAGAGGAGAGUGAAGAAACAUUCAGAGUCAAACAUGAAGAUACUGAGGAACAAACAGAGAUGGAGUUUAUUAAAGAGGAGAGUGAGGAAACAUUCAGAGUCAAACAUGAAGAAGAUACUGAGGAACAAACAAAGAUGGAGUUUAUUAAAGAGGAGAGUGAAGACAUGAAGAUUGAAGAAACAUUCAGAGUCAAACAUGAAGAUACUGAGGAACAAACAAAGAUAGAGUUUAUUAAAGAGGAGAGUGAGGAAACAUUCAGAGUCAAACAUGAAGAAGAUACUGAGGAACAAACAAAGAUGGAGUUUAUUAAAGAGGAGAGUGAAGACAUGAAGAUUGAAGAAACAUUCACAGUCAAACAUGAAGAAGAUACUGAGGAACAAAAAGACCUGAUGACACUGAAAGCGGAGAGUCAAGAACUCGAUGAAAAGGAAGAUAAUGUUCAGCAUGAGAAAUAUGAUUUCAUGAACGAAGAAAAAUUUAGUUGCUCGCAUACUGAAAAGACUUCACGAAAAAGAGCUCAAAAGACAGCAAAUAGAAGUUAUUUCACCUGCCAACAGUGUGGGAAAAGCUUUACUGAAAAAUCAAACCUUACUGUUCACAUGAGAAUUCACAGUGGAGAGAAACCUUUCACAUGUUCUCAAUGUGGAAAAAGAUUUACAUAUAAACAACACCUCGAUGACCACAUAAGAAUUCAUACUGGAGAAAAGCCUUACACCUGCCAACAAUGUGGAAAGAGUUUCAUUCAAAAAGGACACCUUAGAGACCACAUGAGAACUCACUCUGAAGAGAAACCUUACACAUGCAAUAUGUGUGGAAAGAGCUUCAUUCGAAAAUCAAACCUUAACAAGCACAUGAGAAUUCACAGUGGAGAGAAACCUUUCAUAUGUUCUCAGUGUGGAAAAAGUUUUACAUUUAAACAACACCUUGAUGACCACAUGAGGAUACAUACUGGAGAGAAACCUUUCACCUGCCAACAGUGUGGAAAGAGUUUCACUCAAAAAGGAAACCUAAUGAAACACGUGAAGUCUCACAUUUGAGAGAAGCCCUUAGCAUGUGAUGGACAUAAAGUUGCUCUUCAUCAUGUACAAACAACCAGUGUGAUCAUCGUUGAAUGAGAUUUACUGCUAAAUUCAAAUAUGCUUUCGUGCUUUGGCUGGUGCUGAGCCAGAGAUGGACGAGUUUA